AUGCGACCAAUCAAUUUCGGCCUCCGGCUGCAGCUCACCCUUCUUGUCUGCUCUGUUGCACUCUUCUCGCUCAUGCUCAUUUCCAUCGUCUGUGGCGUUUAUUUCUCUAAAAACUUUCUUGACCUUCGUCUAGAACGGCUCGAAAUCAUUGCUGAGCUCAAGGCCACGCAGCUCGCGCAGUCCUCGCUGUACCUCUACUACCAGGUGUUUUGGCUCCUGUCCCGCGACACAGUGGAGCAGACGUUGAUGAAUAUUCGUGUAGGUAACGCCACCACCGACAGCACCUCUUCGGCAAUCCUGACGAUCCAGCAGUUCCUCGAUUCUUCGGACGUCUUCCUCGAGACGCGUGUGUACGACCUCAAGCUCGAUCGACUCUUCUCUGUCGUCGGUUCGCAGUCCGUGAACGACCUGGACACACAGAUCCAGAACUUAUUUCCGCUCAAAUCUAAUAACCCUGCGCCGACGGGACUCACCUCCAAUAAAUCCUACAUCAUGGGCCCGACACUGAACGGCACCAUGUUCUUCAUGACACUCACUCUUCCCAUCUACUCCAAGGCGUCUAUUAUCAUUACGGAGCCCGAUCUCUCUGGCUAUAUCACCGUGCUUAUGAAUGCCCAGUCGCUCCUCAACGUCACCCAGGACGCCACCAAUGAUACGGUUCAAAUUACAGUUGUAGAGCGCGUCAGCCUGCAUCUCAACGGCUCAACGCCCACAUUCAACUCCCUGGACACCCAGCUCUUGUAUGGCCAACCCUCUAAUAGCACUCGAAGAAUGCCGCCACCGCUCUUCCACUAUGUGUUCCCAGUAUAUAACUACCCGGCUAGCUUCACCAACGAGGUAUUCAACUCACUGAAGUUUCCCUACAUUCAAAGUGCGUUGAGUAGCAACGGUUCGCUGUCUACAUCUCUGGGAAAGAACUUUGAAAGCCUCAAGAUCGCUGCCGGGUCCUCGCCCGUCAAUUUGACCUACGCCAACCAGUGGACCGUGAUCGUUGAGCAGCCGCAGUCCCAGUUCAUGGAGCCGAUGAAUAACCUACGAAAUAUCAUCAUUGGUGUCGCGUUGGGUACGGCCGGAUUCUUAUGUAUCGCGACGUUCAUCAUGAGUUACUACGCGGUUCGGCCGAUUGUCACAUUGAAGAACGCGACAGAGGCAAUCACCAACCGAAAGCGGAGGUACUCGCAGGGUCGAAGUAGGAAAGAAGCAGUUGUGGCUGUUACGCUCCUAGAGAAGCAGAACACGAAUGUUGAUGAGAAAAACGCACCAGCAAAUCUUGACGGCAUGUUCGGUCCUGAGCGCUCCAAUAAAAGCGACCACACGUACAAUAAGGACCAGAGUGGCAAUCUGAAUUACAAGCGGGACAAAAUGCUUACGCCGAUCAAGAUCCGCUCAAAUCCGUUAGUGCGUGACGAGCUCACAGAGCUUACAGCAACGUUUAACACCAUGAUUUUAGCACUCCAUGAGCAGUAUACAACCUUAGAGACGCGUGUCGCAGAGCGUACGCGUGAGCUCGAGCGAGCAAAGACCGACGCGGAGCGCGCGAACGAGGCCAAGACGGUUUUUAUCGCGAACAUCUCUCAUGAACUCCGCACGCCUCUCAACGGUAUCAUGGGUAUGAGCGGUGUUGUCAUGGCUGAGGUUCAGGGCGUCAUCUCGCGCAUCAAGGGCCAGCUCCGACUCGUGGAAACGUCAGGUGAAUUACUUCUCCAUAUCCUCACAGACCUUCUCUCAUUUAGUAAGAACACGCUUAACCGCACGCGUUUGGACUAUCACUCAUUUCUGAUGAUCGAGGUUGUGGAGCAGAUCCGCGCGAUCUUUGGUAUCUCCGCACGCGACAAGGGUGUACACUUGCGAAUCCGCAUGAAACAGCGCUGGUGCCGUAGACUCGUCAGUUAUGGUGACUCCAAACGUUUGGUGCAGGUGUUGAUGAACCUCGUCGGGAAUUCGCUCAAGUUCACGCCUAAGGGUGGACAAGUCACGUUGACUGUGAGGGUAAUCGGCGAAUGGGACGAAACUCACAAGACUCCGCUGCCGUUUGCCGAGUACGUCGUGUUCAACGGAGUCCAUGUGAAGAACAGUCACAUGGAGGCAUCCAGCGCGAGCGACGAGACCAAAGUGGAUCGAUCUAAUAUUCCGACGUCAGAUUUCGCGACAGAUCCCGUUCCAGUUAAAGCCUCCAUUCAUAGUCCUUUGGUGCCUGAUAUUCACGACGAACGCGAGAGUGCCACGAUUGCGCGCAUGCCAUCCCGUACGAUGUCCCCUGUGAAUGCACGUGAGAAUGCUUCCGCUUCCGGUUUUGCCCGCUUGGACCGCAUUAACACGCUCUCCUCUUUCGAAUACGACACCCUCGUAUUCGACUCCCAGUUUAAGCCUCGCAAGGAUAGCACCACGUCUGGCUCCACCGGCUCCACCGGCUCCGCUGCGUCGCAGUACAACCCCGACGACAUUUCGGAGACUUUUGAAAAGUUCGACAAGGUGUACGGGACAAAGCAGCUCCGUCACGCAAAGAAGUGGGUGUGGGCGAUUGAGGUGGAGGAUACCGGGCCCGGGAUCGAGCCGUCGCUCCAUGAGCGUGUGUUUGAGCCGUUUGUACAGGGUGACCAGACGCUCAGCCGGCAAUUUGGUGGAACUGGGCUCGGUCUCUCGAUCUGUCGCCAGAUCGUCAAUUUGAUGUGCGGGACGAUUUCACUCGAGUCGGAGGCAGGUCACGGCCUGAAGUUCACCGUAGUGGUGCCGAUUCCGCAGAUCCUGGAGGUAGUAGUGGAUGAUGACAAGUUCUACGACGAUGACUUCUACGACUACAACAACGAUGAGUAUGAUUACGGCACGUGCGACAGCGACAGCUACAGCGACAGCAGUGAGUCACAUGCGCUGACGAACAAACCACGCGCACUGAUGCGCAAGCAUUCGCGCUCGGCGUCGUCCCUGCGCAGCAUCAAGAGCCGAAUUACAUCGCCGCGACGGUUUUCGGUCGACGUGCUGACACCGCGCUCGCCCGACGCAAAGCCUGGCACGUCCUAUUUCGAUAAGCCUAUGCUCAUAUCACACUCGUCCACCGGAACUGCGCUUCUGUCGAGCACCCGCUUCACGUCUGGUACGGAUUCAGGCGUGACCAAGAACCUCCGUGUGUUGGUCGCUGAUGACAACAUCAUCAACCAGAACGUGAUCCGGAGCAUGCUCACGUUGGAGGGCAUUGCGAAUGUCACACUUGCGGUCGACGGAUUCCAGGUGCUCGAGUUCGUGCGUGCGGCACAAGCUGAGGGCACGACGUUUGAUAUCAUCUUUAUGGAUGUGCAGAUGCCUAAGAUGGACGGAUUAGUCGCAACUGCAAAGCUCCGUGCAGAGUUACACUAUACGAGCCCGAUCGUUGCGCUCACUGCGUUUGCAGACGAGAGCAAUGUGAAGGUAUGUAUGGAGAGUGGCAUGGACGGGUUCUUAGGUAAGCCGAUCCGCCGCGCACAGUUGCGCAAAGUAUUGUCGGAGUUCUCUCCACUUGAGUUAGGUGAGAUAGUUGUGACGCCG